AUGCUGCGGCAUACUUAUAUGCGGAUUUGCAAAGGCGCAACACUAGCUGCCGGCCCAACGGGAGCAGCAGCAGCAGCAGCAGCAGCAGCGGCGGGAGGUGGCCACCAUGUGACAGAGGAACUCACUCGAAAGACAGAUGAUAUUUUCUCCAUCCGCCGCUCGCCGAAGAGUCUGUACGAGGACACUAUGCACAGCAACACCCUCACCGACCACCCGCUGACGCACCGCACCAGUCGUGACGAGCUGGCGUAUCGAAAACGCAAGCUGACGGAGCGUGGUAACUACGAGCAGGCGGCCAAGGCAGAGGAGGAGGCGGAGCGCCGUGACAGCGAGGGCCGAGCAGGGGCGGAGACGCGGGAGUACUACAGUGCUAUCGGCUUCGUGGUCCUCGGGUAUCUGACGGCGCAUGGCGUAGUUUUCAAGAAAUACUACCCCGACGAUCUUCGGCCGAACUAUUCGCCAGACCGAGGCUAUUCUGACGAUGUGGCGGCGCGGCGGCAGGAUCUCGAGGCGGUGGACGAGUUGGUUGGAUUAGCGGUGCUGGAGAGCGUCUACAGCAAGCGGAAGGCGACAAUGAAGAGCCAUCUGCUUUGA